AGUGUUCGCCAGAGUGAAUCGCGUUGAAGUGAGGCAAGCACACGUCCAUGACUUAAAUGCAAAAAUGAUUGAAUAAAAUAACUCAACCGAACAUAAAGUGUUAUUUUAAGUUCAUCAAGAAGACUGAUUUAGUUGUGAUCCUCAUAGUGUUUAGGAUAAGACAAUGGCCUUAAUCGCAAUAAUAUUAGUAUCCAGUUUAGGCUUGGCAGUGGAAGCACAGUUCACAAACAUCCCACUGGGACCUUUUAAUCCUGAUCUUAUAUUCUUCAAUAAUGAUGCACAAAGUUAUUCCAUGAAUGUGUUGCCAAUUGCAAGCCGUCGGCAACAGGAUGUGGUCGAUUCUAGAAAUGACAAUUAUGUGCAAGGAGCAUACAAAGUGCUGACUCCAGUAAAUAUGAUACCAGAUACUCGAGUCGGGCCAGCCCCUGUGAAUGUCAACGCCCUUCAAAGACCUAGUGGGGAUUUGACACCUCCAGUUUAUAGUCCUGAUAACCAGCUGUUUUUACCGCAACAACAGCAAGCACUGCUGCAGCAGACACAAACACAAGCACAACAAACACAGAACCAACAGCAAGCACAAUUUCAACAAUCACUACCAAAAGUGGAAGAGAGAUUUGGUGGAGAUUCAGAUAACAAAACUGAGAAUGUUGUUCAAAAUGUUCCACCUGCGCCAGUGGAUUAUGUGUCUCUUGCUGUUUCAAAAUUCGGAAUUGAUAUUAUGAAGAAAGUUUUCUACCAGGAAGGCAACAUAGUAAUCUCUCCUUUCUCCAUUGGAAUGUUAUUGGCUCUCCUGCAGCAAGGGUCAUUGGGCGUCACCCAAAGGCAAAUCUCCCAUGCUUUGCAGAUGUCACCGAACGACGCUGCUGACGGAUUCAGGAGGCUGGCUGACAACCUGGAGAAACGCACCUCAACGAACAUCUUCAAGGUUGGAAACGGCGUGUUCUUAGACAACGGUUUCAGCGUAAAUCCCUCGUUCAAACAGAUCGCCAUCAAAGACUUCAAGAGCGAUGUGACUCAGAUAAAGUUCUCGAGGCCUGCGCAAGCGGCGCAGAAGAUCAACAAUUGGAUAGCUUCAAAAACGAACGACAAAAUCACACAGCUCGUCACACCAGAAUCCAUCGGGACCAACAUGCAGAUGGCUUUGGUGAACGCAGUCUACUUCAAGGGCUUGUGGGCGGUGAAGUUCAGGCCGGACUCGACGAUGCCCAGAGACUUUUUCAUGUACAACGGGGCAAAGAAGACUGCCAAUUUUAUGCGCAUGCGCCGAUACUUCAGAACUGACUUUGAUUCUAGCAUUGGCUCGCAAAUUCUCAGUCUACCGUUUGAGGGAGAGCACUAUACCUUAAUGAUCAUCUUGCCAUCGGAGACGACCAAUGUAAUGUCAGCGGCUGCAGCGCUGACGCCUGAGAAACUGUUGUCGUAUCAAAACUACACGCCGAAGGAAGUUGCGCUGGAGAUUCCAAAGUUCACAGUCAAGUCUGAUACAAACCUCAUUUCGGUUUUCCAACAGCUCGGCAUCAUCAACAUCUUCAGUCCUAGCUCAGAGCUGACUGGUCUUGGUAACUACCGCGAGUUCGCUCCUCAAGUCUCCUCCGCGCUACAUUCAGCUCUGCUGUCCAUCGACGAGCAAGGAGGCACUGCUGCAGCAGCCACUUCUUUCGGUGUAGUGGCUCUAUCAUACGACGACCCAUCAGUCAUUUUUAAGGCCAACAGACCAUUCUUAGCUGUUCUAUGGGACAGACAAACCUCAUUGCCACUCUUCAUGGCUAAGAUCGAAGAUCCAGUAUCGUAAGUUGAAGGUGAAUCCUUGCCAAUAGUUUUAGAUAACUCAGCCGAUGAUUUCGGCGAUAUUAGAAAGUGUGAAAGACCGAAGCUUAUUUUUACUAUUGAUUAGUCUGAGACUAUAUUUAUCGUCAGAUCUGAUGUAUAACUGUUUUUAAGAUUGGGGAUAGUGUAAGAGUGUUUAAUACUGAGAUUGAUUUAUUUGUACGAGUCAUAUAGUAUACAAUACUUACUAAACAACACUUAUCGCAUUUCUUUGUUAUAAAAUACAGAACAG